AGGUCGCUUGAUAUUUUACCUUAGCGUUAUCCUGCAACACAGUUCAGUAAGUAGAUAUCUGUUAACGUAUAGAGGAAGGGAGAGAGAACCCAGCAAAAUAUUAAAAACAAAAACAAAUAAGCGUACUGCUUCAGGUGUGCUAUUCGUGUCACAUUAGCGUUAGCUAACCUUAAUUGUAUUGGAUUUGGUAUUGUUCAGAGUAGGCAGCAUUUUGUACAGGCUGGUGAGCCGUAGAGAAAUCGCACUCUCCACCCGUAGCGACAGUUGGGAAUGUAGCUCCAGCCGUAACCGCUUGAUUUUUAAAGGCAAGAUCGUCUUGGAUUUUCUUAACUACAGAAACCGCUUAUUUCGCCCGUAAUAAGACAGAGGCAAAAGAUCCAACAUGUCUGCGAAGGAAAGGCAGAAAGGAAAGGUGACCAAAGACAGCGUUACCUUGCUGCCUUGUUUCUAUUUUGUUGAGCUGCCAAUUCUGGCCUCCUCAGUUGUCAGCCUGUAUUUCCUGGAGUUGACGGAUGUGUUUAAACCAGUGCGCUCUGGGUACAACUGCAAUGACCGCAGUCUGAGUAUGCCCUACAUUGAACCCAGUCAUGAAGUCAUUCCAUUCCUCAUGCUGCUCAGCCUGGUAUUUGCUGGACCUGCAGCUACGAUUAUGAUUGGAGAAGGUAUUCUUUAUUGCUGCCUGUCAAGGAGAAGAAAUGGGCUUGGAACAGAAGCAAAUAUUAACGCGGCAGGAUGCAACUUCAACUCUUACAUUCGGCGAGCUGUCAGGUUUGUUGGGGUUCAUGUGUUUGGACUCUGUGCCACUGCUCUUAUCACCGAUAUUAUCCAGUUGUCAACUGGAUAUCAUGCUCCUUAUUUUCUAACUGUAUGCAAACCCAACUACACCACACUGAAUACAUCCUGUGAUGAGAGUUCAUUUAUCGUAGAGGACAUUUGCUCAGGUGUAGACUCUGCUGUUAUCACUGCUGGCAGGAAAUCCUUCCCUUCCCAACAUGCUACACUGGCAGCUUUCGCGGCUGUGUAUGUCUCUAUGUAUUUUAAUGCCACAUUGACAGACUCUUCUAAACUUCUGAAACCGCUGUUGGUUUUCUCCUUCAUCAUUUGUGCCAUUAUUUGUGGGUUGACGCGUAUCAUUCAGUAUAAGAACCACCCUAUUGAUGUCUACUGUGGCUUCCUCAUCGGUGGAGGUAUAGCUGUAUAUUUAGGACUCUACGCUGUAGGCAACUUCCAGUCUAGUGAAGAUAAUACAAGCCAACAGGCACAUCACAGAGAACCUCUGAGGUCUCUCACAGACCUCAGCCAGGACACAAGCAGACACCUACAAGGCAAGAACGGGAGCAGCAGCGAUGGUAUCUCCUCCCACCAUUCCGAGAGCAUCCUGAACCGCAACCACAGAGAGUCCAGCUCCCUCACCAACCUCAAGAGAGCCAGCGCCGACGUAGAGAUCAUAACCCCCCGCAGCCCAAUGGGCAAAGAGAAUAUGGUGACCUUCAGCAACACCCUCCCCAGGGUGAACACACCUGCUCUGGAGGAGGCUGCAAGAAGAAAUGCCUCCAUCCAUGCGUCCAUGGAUUCGGCACGGUCGAAGCAGCUGCUCUCCCAGUGGAAAAAUAAGAACGAGAGCCGCAAACUGUCCUUGCAGGUCAUGGAAACCGAAGCAGGGCAUUCUCCUCAGAGGUCCAUAGAAAUGAGGUCAAGCUCAGAGCCAGCAAGAGUAGGUGUCAACGGAGAACACCAAGGUCCAGCAGGUCAGUACUUGAAACUUGCAGCCGGCACAACCCCCUUGCCUAAUAACAGCAGCGGUAUAGCUGGCGGGGCUAGAGUGUCUAUCCAGUCACGCCCUGGUUCUUCACAACUGGUUCAUAUUCCAGAGGAAACACAGGAGAAUGUCAGCACAUCUCCCAAAACCAGUUCAGCAAGGUCAAAAUGGCUGAAGGUUGCAGAAAAGAGUGGAGCUUGCAGAACUAACAACCAGCCUAGGAUAAUGCAGGUUAUUGCUAUGUCAAAGCAACAGGGAAUGCUGCAGAGCAGUCCUAAGAGCUCAGAUGGCAGUACUGUCAGUUGCACAGGAGCAAUCAGGUACAAAACGCUGACAGACCAGGAACCUAGUAAUAUAGUCAGAGUGGAGGCUCACCCGGAAAACAACAGGCCAGUCGUUCAGCCUCCAUCAAAUGAUGGAACCGGUUCGUGGAAAUGGAAAUCACAGGAAAAAGGCAGCAUCCGUCAGUCUUACGAGCUUAACGACCUGAACAGGGACUCAGAGAGCUGCGAGUCCCUGAAAGAUGGCUACAGUUCAGCUGACAGAAAAAGAAGCAACCCAGACAGCAGCAGUGAGCACCACCAUCACCAUCAUGGGAUAACUACCAUAAGAGUGACACCAGUAGACGGGAGUGAGGCAGCCUCCGAGACUUUGUCUAUAGCCUCAAGUCGUGACUCUACACUCAGGAGGAAAGGUAACAUCAUCCUGAUUCCUGAAAGAGGCAAUAGCCCAGAAAACACCAGGAACAUCUUUUACAAAGGGACGUCACCAACACGGGCUUUCAAGGAGUGAGGUAUUCUAAUGUGUGGCCUUGUUCAGUGGAUUUACAUUGAAAGAUGUGAAUGAAGCUUGCACUUGGGUUUCUUGCUGUCAUUCAGUCGUUUUCUGUAUAGGCUAGUCCAUUGCUCGUUGCCCUAACUGGAAACGUACUGCUUUUUUCCCCAAAAUAAAAAGCUAUAUUGUGCAUGAUAUUUACAGUUUUGUAUAGACAAGAAAGCACAAAGCCCAGUGUAUAGGUAAUACAUUUGAUGUAUAUUUCAUUAUAAUCUUCAUUCUUCACAGUUUCAAAUCUGACACUCAUUCUGAUCUCUGGCUAUAUUUAAAAUGUUCCAAUUUUUUAAAAAUAAAUCACUGAUUAACUUUUACAUUCAGAAAAUCUUCUGCUUUCAGACAGAAUUCAGUUAUUUCUUACUUUACACCAUUUGCUUUCUUAAACACCACAGUGUUAUUGCUUAUUGCACUUAAAAUAAUCACCGCAGGAUGUGCUUCUAAAAGAUCUUCUUAUCAUAAAUAUUAAAACAAAUUUCUAUAUUUUUUCCAGUGUACAUAUUUGUGCUAUAAUAUGGGUGCUAUACCACCAUCUUACUCAGAUUCUGUCACAGCUGAAAUUCAUAUAAUGAAAACAAAAAAACAUUUAUUUAAACUUAUUCUCAAACACCUAUAACAGGGGAUUAUUUAAGUUUGCAUUUGCCAGUAAUUAAUGAAAGAAACUGAUGUCUCAGAUUGGUUUUUAUUUUGUGAUGAAUAUUUUGGCUUUGUGCAGAUCUUGAAUACACAAUUACAGACAUUUGCUGCCUUGGGAAUGCAGCGUUGAAACCAAUAUGUGCACAUCAUGAUUAAUUAUGAAAUUCUUAUACAAACACAACAAAGUGCUCUUUUUUGGCAACAUAAUUUACUGUAGGGAUGAGUAUCAUGGACUCUUUUGUCUUAAAGUCUGCUUAUGAAGCUGGUAAAACUACUGUUUUUAAUAUAAACAUGUUUUAGAUUGUGCUAAGUCAGUUGUAUUUUUUAUAGAAUUCACUCAGAUUUUCUUUUUUUCACCUCUAAAGAAGAAACAAUGUAAUAUUAUUUUUCUUCAAACAAACCCUUCAAAUAGCUUCCCUGGAAAACCACUCUCUCUUUUUUCUCUCUAUUUUAGCUGAAUUCCCAAAUCAUUAGCAUCACUUUGCAUCAGAGUCUAGUCAUUCUGCAUUACUAUAAGUGGAAAAGAAUGUGUAACUGUGUAAACUCUGUGCAAAAUAUAUGAUCCCUCUUAAUACUUCAUUUCUCAUCAGUAGUAUUUGUGAAGUGAAUAAAAUUCAGUCACAUACAGUAAGUACCAUAUAAAAGUAUUAAAAUUCUUAGAAAAGAUUGGUUAUUAUAAAACUGCUUUAUGGCAUUCUUCUGCUUCUUUUUACACCAUGCACAGUGAUGAGCUGUUCAUAAACAUUUAGAAGUCCAGCAGGCACUAUAGAGUAAAGUGGUGAUUUGUUAGCAGCUAAAAUAAUAAGGUGACUUUGUAUUAUGUGUGUGAGAAUCUUUUUCUUAAAUAUAGUUACAAGCAGCAUAGACUAAUGGAUAGAAGGCUCUAAGAAAACAGGGUUAAUUAUAGACCAGAUAUCACAAAUAUAAAUACAGGUAGUGAAAUUAUCUGUAUCAACAUUUUUUUCUUUUUAGUAUAAAACCCACGACUAAGUUUCAUUCUUAUUCUCUCUCACAAAUUAAUAGAAAAUAAAAGCACGAAUUCUACCAACUACAGUAUACUGUAAUUUUCAACAUUUAAAUAUCAGCAGUAUUAGAGUUUACACUAAAAUUUCACGGACAUCUUAGUGUUUUUGCUUUAAUAAUAUUUUGCUGUCAUCUAGACACCUUAAAAUAUUAAAAAUAAUCAAGGCUCAAGGAAUGUAUUCUGCUAAUUUCAAUUUAUUUGUGUUAAACUAUUGAACGUCAAAUAAAUAACCUUAUAGAAAUCUAUAAAUUCAGUUGGGAACUCUCUAUAGUAUUUUUGUGAUUAAAUAUGACAAGUAUCACUAUUAUAUCAUUAUUUUUAAUAUACUAUAUAUGUGCCAAAGGGUAACAAUAUCUUUUGUUAUUUUGUAAUAUGCCUGUAAUCUGGUAUAUUAUUUUAUUUAAGCAGUUGUAACAUCAGCAUGGUCAUUUGAUAUUUAACAGAAGGCUUUUUUGUAAAUUAUGCCAUUAUUUGGCAUUGACUUGUACCUUAAUUUUUACUUACUAUUGAAUUAAUUGCUCAAAUAUUUCAUCUUUGUACCACUGUAAAUAAAUAUUUGUAACUUGCCAAAAAAGCAAACAAACAUGUAUCUUAGCAUUAUGUAGAAAUGAUGACAUAAAAUGAAACCUUGGACAUGCAUUAUGUGAGGUGUAUGCAUUUAAAUUGGAAGAUACAUGGAAAUUUGUACAUAGUGUAGGACAAUGUUAUGCAAUGUUUUGCCAGUGAACAUCUGUAUAAUGUUAACUUCUGUUGGUCGGUAUGUGAAUCAAUCAAUGCCUUUGUAAGUAAGCACUGUAGCGUGUACAACACAAUCUUGUGAAACUCUCCAGGUUGUGAACAGGCCGUCUAGCCCUGUAUAAAGUUUAAAAUACAGCUUAUAUUUAAUUGAAGACCUGACUGGGUUUAUAAAAGAAAAUUGUGCAUUGUCUGAAUAUUGAAAUAAAUGUUUGCUACUAA